CGUGUAUUCAGCUGAUCUGGACAUAAACAAACUUUGGGGAUUUUGUAUUCAGUUCCUUUUCACUAAAAAUGGAGACUUGCGGACUUAUUUAUGUUAGUAACGACUACGAUAAAUUCCUAAUGCGAUGUUCCUUCUGCCCCAAGGACGUGGAGAUGGCCCAGUGGCAGCAGUUUGUACUCCACUUUAGGAACAUGCACACACCCCAGGAGAAGGGACAAUAUGAUGAAACCUUCAACAAUGAUAUGGGUUUUGCAGAGAAAUGCGCUGUUGAAGAAGCUAAAGAAGAAAAUAAUCAUUCGGCAAUGGAAGGUCAGAUUGAUGUAGAGCUGGAGAUCGAGACAGUUGAAUCUCUACUCAGCGAGGCUGAGGAGGAUGAUGUGACUGAUCAGGAAGCUGAGCUGGAACCAGGACAGGAGCAAGCGUCAGAAGAACAACCUGCAGAUGAUGUGAAUGUCCUAGCUACACCUAUAUACAAAUUCCAACCUUCCUUUUUUCGAAGAGACCCACGAACACCAAAGUUUAUUGAGAUCUAUAAGGCAUAUCCGUGCCUCUGGAAUCCGAGCCACAGCCAAUACAAAGAUCCCAGUGCUUGCCAGGAAGCUCUUAAACAGAUGGUCGUUGAACUGGAGGCAAAGGUUGCAGUCUUUCUUAACGAAAGAAGCCUUAGGGGAGCCAUUAAGAAGAUUCACCAACAAUAUAACACCGUCCACAAGCGAGUGCUUUUUGGCAACCAAAAACCGCAUUCAUUAGCAUUUAACAACUACACUCUAUGCAGCUUUCUUAAGGCCAUUAAGGAUUAUGACCCAUCUAAAACAAGGGAUAAAAUUCAGCUGGAUUUCUCGAGGAAGAAUAAGCUGACCACCGAGUUGAUAGAGCUGUAUGCCAAUUUUCCGCAACUCUACGAUCCCAUGCACAAGGAGUUCUCCAAUAUGCAUUCCCGCAAACAGGCCUAUGAAAGUUUGGCAGCGGAAAUUUCAAUACCCAAUACAGAUAUUAGCAGUGAUGACAUCUACCGUGCAAUCCAGAAUCUGCGACAAUGGUAUUACAAAAGCACCAAGCACGCAAUAAACGCUGGAAAGGGUGCCGAAAAGUUUUAUCAGGACGUGUGCCGUUUUAUGCCCCCAAAAAUGUUCAAGCAGCGUCUCGUCUGCGAGAUCUGUCAGCAAGUGACGUCCUCUGAUCACGUCCUCCAAUCGCACAUCUUUAAGGUCCACAACAUCGGUGACCUGCCAUUCAAAUGUACCUUGUGCGAGCGCAGUUUUAUAGGUCGCGGAGAACUGGCUAAUCAUACCCAGAGAGUUCACAUUGGCAAAACGCUUAAAUGUGACCAUUGCGAGCGGACUUUUGCGGUGAUCGCCGAUUUGGAGCUUCACAAUCGCACCCACACGGGGCAUAAGCCCUAUGUUUGUGAACAUUGUGGAAAAGCGUUUCGCCUUCGUUCUCAAAUGAAGCUCCACGUUACUGCAAUCCACACAAAGAUAAGAGCCUUCAAGUGCGACAUGUGCCCCAAGGACUUUGUGAAAAAGGUCGACUUAACAGACCACAUCAAGAGCCACCUCAACAUUCGCGACAAGAUCUGUAACGACUGUGGCAAGGGUUUCACGAGCUGUCAUUCCCUCAUCCGCCAUCGUCAGAUUCACUCCGAAGUGAAAAAGUUCGUGUGCAAACUCUGCGAGGCCAGGUUUUCUCAGUUUGUAGGAUUAAAUUCGCAUAUGAAGCGUACCCACAAUAUAGUUCGUAACCAUGGGCAAAAAGGUACCACAUCCCUUCCUGCAGAGAACUAAAUAAAUUGUAAUAAUAUA